GAAGAAGCAACAUGGCUGUUCCUAUUGAGCGCUUGUUGGAGGAUCUCUGUGGUGUUGAAGAUCCGUCUGAAGAGCUGCAGAGUUUGAAAACAGCACUUUUGUCGACACCCGUCAGUGCGCUGAGGGAAGCAGCGAGCAGACAGCGUUUGGAUGUGAUUUUUUCUCUUCUGAAGUCCAACGAAAGGGAGCAUGUUGAGGUCUGUGCUGACAUCCUUGAACGCUUCUUAGCAGCCAUCAGCCCAGUGGACCUGGCCCAGCACUACAGAGCAGAGCUGCAGGGGGGUCUGACCCAUCCUCACGAUGCUGUUAAAACACUGGCUUUGACACAGAUUGGUAGAAUGGUGGCACACUCUCACGCCGUCACCGAAAUCCUCAACAACCAUGACAUUCUCCGAGAGGUCAUCCACUGCAUUGGAGAAGAGAAGAUGACUGUAGCAAAACAAGCCAUUCAGUCCCUGUCUAAACUUGGUCACUCUAAGCCUGGGUUAGACGCACUGUUCCAGAGUGAACUGCUGAAGGUUCUGAAGGAUGUGAUGGCCACAAGUGACAUCGUCAGAUAUAGAAUAUAUGAGCUGGUGGUUGAAAUUGCAUCUGUAUCUCCCGUAUCCCUUGGUUACUGUGCAAACAGCAGCCUCAUUUCUCAGCUGCUCAGUGAACUGACGGGAGAUGACGUACUGAUCAGGGCCACAGCCAUUGAGAUGGUGACCACACUAGCGCACAGUCAGCAUGGCCGUCAGUACUUGGCCCAAAAAGGUAUCACAGACAAGAUCUCCAGCAUGAUCACAGAUGCAGAGAGUGACCCCUUUUCCUCUCUCUACCUACCUGGUUUGGUGAAGUUUUUUGGGAAUCUGGCCAUCAUUGAUAGUCCCCAACAGAUUUGUGAAAGCUACCCAGUCUUCCAGAGCAAGGUCUUUGAGAUGGCUCUAGACCCAGAUCCUGCUAUGAUUGGUGUGGCUUUUGACACUUUGGGAUUACUGGGAUCUACUGUGGAGGGCAAACAGGUCCUACAGAAAACAGGAGAAAAGUUCGAGAAGGUGUUGCUACGAAUGAGUCAACUUGCCAGCUCAGGAGAUACUGCGCUCAGAGUUCGUAGCUUGGAGGCCAUAACACAACUUCUCACUCUGCAGACAGAACAGCAAACAGAUGACCUUUUGGCCCUGACAGAGUCCUGGUUCCACCUUUUGUCUCACCACCCCAUGGACAUGAUUCGCAACAUCAGCUCACAACCUUUUCCUGAACUUCACUGCUGGGCUCUACGUGUCUUCAAUGCCAUUGCUACGCAGCUAUGGGGUCAGAAGCUAAUGAUCAACACUCCUGGUUUCAUGGAAUACGUUUUGAAUCGUUCCACAAGUCCUAACAAGGAGGCCAAAGAUGCUAAGUUUGAACUCGUGGGGUCACUUGUGAGUUCACCAACAGCAGCAGACAUACUGGGCAGCCAGCAUUACAUCCGUCUGAAAGCCUACCUCACAGAAGGACCUUACUAUGUCUCAGCUGUGGCCUUAGUCGACACAGAAGGAGGAGACUGAUCUAAAAUGAAAUGAAAAUCUCAUUACAGCUCUCUGGGAAGUGUGCAAGUAAAGGAUUGGUGUUAUCUGA